AUGACUGAGGUGCAGAAGAAACAAAGGGCUAGUUUGUAUAGGAAAAGAGGCCGUUCAAACAAAGAUCUGACGAAUACAAUUAUGAACAGAAGAAAGCUUACAAAUAAUAAGAGAAUAGCCAACGAGAGAGACAAUAGAAUUGGUUUGGUCUUAAGCAUCCACCAUGCAGAGGGCAUAGACAACCCUAGCAACUAUCCUUCAGUAUUCAACAGGAAUUACUGUGUGUUGUUUUGGGUUCACCCUGAUGAUCAACUUGCAACAGAAUUCGUCUCAGGAUCACCAGAUCUUGCAUGGAACCGGAAGUAUUGUAUCGAAUUAGACGAUUCCAGGGAUUGCAGGUUUUUGUAUGUUGAGGUGCUUAGGUGUGGAUCCUCGUCCGAGAGCAACCCAGGAACCUCUAAUGGCAUGAGAUUGGUGGGUAGGGCUAAGAUACCUCUACCAGAUUUUUCAGGUAAAACAGAAGGCCGCUAUGGACUUGUGAGGCUUGAAGAGGACGGGUAUAAAGCUGAAGGACACAUUACUUUGUCAAUGAAACUGAUCAAGAUAGAUCAAAGUUAG